AUGUUGGUUCCGUGCGGUACUAGUAGUCUUCCGGCGAAGCUUUGUGUUCGUGUCAUAUCAGCUCGAGGGUUACCUGUCAUGGAUAAGUCAAAUGUCACUACGGAUGCUUUCGUUGAAGUCCAUUUCGAUAAUGAGGCUGAGCAUUUUUUCGUUUACAAAACUGAUGUCUGUGUCAAAAGUUUGUCACCGGUGUGGAAUUCCGAUGUAUUUGUUUUUGAAACGGAUGAACAACGAUUAUUUGAUAAUCCGAUUCAGUUUCGUGUAAUGGAUCAUGACAUAUACAGUGCAAAUGAUGCUAUCGGACGUGUAUUUUACGAUGCAAAUUUAUUGAUUUCUAAAAUACGAUGCAGCAAAGCUAAUAGUAAUAGUAUAGAAUUUACAAAUUGGCUGCCAAUUUAUGAUUCGGUUUACGGAAUAAGAGGUGAAAUUCAAAUAUCUCUUUCGCUUAAGUUGCAAUUAUCAAGUUAUCACAGUUAUGUACGCAUACUUUCAGCGAGUACCGUCUCAACACUAUUAAUCAGCAAUGUUAUUGGAUUGGUUUCCGACAUCGCCACAGUGACGGAUCCGGAAUAUGAAUGGAUUGACCGAAUCCGUUCUCCACGUGCUUCUAAUGAAGCCCGACAAAGCAUAAUUCGGAAAUCGCUGCGCGAAUUAACUAAGAAUAUUGCACAGAAAGCACAUUCUCUCGGAUCGAAUGCAGUGCUUGGGUAUCAUGAAUUUGUUGAUAUCGAAGGUGAUGCAACCGAACUGAUUACUUUUCGAGCAUUUGGAACAGCAGUCAGACUGUCACAAACAAAUGAAGAAGUUGCACCUGAUGAAAGUAUAAUACAUCACAUAUUGUCAUUGAAGGUUUUACCGAAUAUAUACAGUUAUAAAUGUGGUGUUGUUGUGUGCGCUCGUUCUGCUCAAAUGCUGACAGAUAACAACGAUGCUGCUACAAUCAGAAAAAAAUGGUGGGACGAUCUGAAGAUCGAACUUAUUCGACAAAAAUUAAGUUUGCGCUGCAAUUUAAUCGUUGGCUACAAUGAACAAAUUAGCAUACAUAAGAAAAUGGCGCUAUUGAGCUGUACAGGGACUGCCAUAUCUGUGAUUUUAACAGGUGCUGAACAUAUUCCAUAUUGUAUUAGGGAUGCAGUUUGUCCUGAUAUUAUCCUUAGCAGUUGUUCAUUACCUGCAUCAGACUAUCUGCAAGGCAUUGCUCGGCCAUUGCAAAUUUAUGUUAAGCGUAAAGUGAAUUCCUCAGAAAGCGACGAUCAGUUAGCUUAUACUAUUAGUCAUUCGCUACCAUUUUUGGAACAUGAACUUUACAAUAAGUUGAUGGAAGAAAUAAAAGGCGGAAAUACAAAAUACAAUGCAGUUUUCGACUUGAAAUCCAUUUUGGUUAUCCAAGAAGGUGCUUUAUUUGCUGUUAUCACGGGUGCAUUAUGUACGCUGAAGGCACUACUGAAAACGGAUGGCUCCUAUAUAUCAAGUCCUUCUGAUUCUGUUCAUCAGAGUGACGAUCUUCGGUCAACGUCACGAGUGGGAUUGUUGGACGCUGCUCGUAUUUUGCGUGCAUCUAGAUUUUCCGAUAAAGCUGGAUUAUACUUACAACCAUUACACAUCCGAGAACAUCUAGAUGACUUCACCAGUGGGCUACCGCAAUCAAAUUACAAAAAGAUAGUUAAACGUUUUCGGAAGAAAAUUGUUGAUCGUGAGCGUUUAGCAAAAAUGAUUUCGGAACGCGAGAUCAGCUUACAGCUUGGUGCAUUUGAUGAUAUGAAAUCACUUGCCUGGUCGCCUAGCAUGUAUUCUGGUAUCAGAAUAAAUAGUAGUUCCAAAUUUAGUAUCAGUGCAAAAUCUGCGAAAUCUUCAAAUAUUCCACAAAGAUAUGCUAGUGUUUUAAUUCGCGAAGUGACAAGAACAGUAGAAGAUAUCAAUGACUUGGAUACAUUUCUGGAUGAAGCUUUGCGUGACUUAUUGAGCUUAGCAACUAGUAAUGUGGAAACUGUUGGUGCAACAUCAUUUUCUGUUUUCAAAGUACCUUCCGUGAGUCUUUCGAUCUCCCGUGAUCAGGCAUCAGUUUUAUUGUUUAUUACAACCGAUUUUGAUUAUCCAGUCAAUAUGUAG